AUGGGGGAAAGAAAAUAUGCCCCCAACGAUGCAAGAGUCGACUUCGUCAAGGACCAGAUCUCGCAGGGCACCGCGCAGCCGAGCUUCAUCGGCACCUUCAUCAACGAGGGGCUCGGCAACGAGAAGGGCAAAUGGGGCGAUCUGCAGGAGGCCCAGAACGUCGUCGGCCUCAUGGCCAUCGCCGGCGCCCUGACCAUCGACAGCCCCAUCCAGAGCUUCCUCCUCGCCAUGCUGCACUACCCGGAGUGGCAGACCCGCCUGCAGAAUGAAAUUGACGAGGUGUGCGGGGGCAAGUGCCCGAUGUGGACGGAUCGUGAGAAGCUGCCCUUGUUGAGGGCUGUCGUCAAGGAGGUUAUCCGCUGGAGGCCCCCUGUUCCCACGGGCAUCCCCCACGCUGUCGAGAAGGAUGACGUCUACAACGGCUACUUCAUCCCUGCUGGCGCCACGAUCCAUGCUCUUGAGUGGGGUAUCACCCGUGACGAGUCCAUCUACCCGGACCCCGAAUCUUUCAACCCGGACCGCUGGCUUCAACCCGAGUAUCCGACGUACAAAGAGCCCCUCACGCGGUUCCCCAACCUCGACGGCUUCAGCCAGUUCGGCUUCGGACGCCGGACGUGCCAGGGUGUGCCCAUCGUCGACCAAGACCUCUUCCUGACCAUGGGCGGCAUGGCCUGGGCCUUUAACAUCCAGCGCAAGCGCAACGCCGACGGCACCGAGGUGCCGGUGCACUGGAACGACUACACGCCGCUGCUGAUCGCCAAGCCGGCGCCCUUCGAGUUCGACGCCGUCGUGCGCACGCCCGAGAAGGCCGAGCUGAUGCGGUCCAUGUUCGAGGCUGCCAAGGAAGAGGAGGAGCACGAGGAGAUGAUGAUGAAGAUGGGCAUGCCCGACGUCGACCCGGUGGAUACCAAGAAGCAGAGCGCCGCGCCCAUGUCGACCAAGCCGCUGCCGUCGUCCCUGAGAAUGAACCUUCGCCAGAGGAAGGAGGAGGGCGAGCACGAGAAGAAAUACCGCGAGCACGAGCGCGACAUCCCCGGGUGCCCCGGCCGGUGGGCGACGGAGAGCGACAUUGACUCGGGGAACGAGAAGGGCUACGUCGAUGAUGACAGCUGCUCCGGGCAGACUUGGGAUGUGACGGCUUAG